AUGGCUCCAGUAGCAGUCGAUGUCUCUACGACACCACCCAGAGUGGUUGGACCAGCAACAAAAAAGGCAACACGUCCGACCAACCAGCUGCCUCAAUCUAUGAUUGAUGAAGCACGGAAGGUCAAAAAGGAGGCAUUUGACUCAAAGGUUCACCUGAACUACAAACCCCCCACAAGAAUUUAUACCAUGAAGGAGAUCGGACUUGAGGGUCAUGGGAUCUCACCGAAUGCCGCAUCGGAGCCCUUUUCACUCUUUACUGAGGAGGCUAUCAGACAGAUGAGAGCGGAGAUCUUCAGUGAAGAGGCCCUCAACAGCUGCCAGUACACUUCAACCUUUAUCAAGAACAUGGUUCGAGGCAUGGGUCCUGCGCUAGCUCCAUUUAUAUAUCAUGCGUGGAAUAGUCCAGAGGUUCUAGCGAAAGUCUCUGCAGUUGCCGGUGUGGAUCUCAUUCCUGCGAUUGAUUUCGAGAUCGGCAAUGUCAACAUCUCUUUUGGUGAUGGUACUACGGCUACGUGGGAUAGGGGGCUGGAUGGCGAUGACGGAACAUCUGCUGUGGCCUGGCAUUAUGAUAGCUUUCCAUUCGUGUGUGUGACGAUGCUAUCGGACUGCACUGGCAUGGUUGGCGGAGAGACUGCGCUUCGGAGACCCGAUGGCCACAUCAUGAAGGUCCGGGGUCCAGCAAUGGGAACCUCUGUAGUGCUGCAAGGGCGAUACAUUGAGCAUCAAGCGCUCAAAGCCCUCGGCGGCCGUGAGCGGAUUAGUAUGGUCACUUCCUUCCGACCAAGAUCACCCAUGGUCAAAGAUGAGACUGUGCUCACUGGUGUACGGGGGAUCAGUGAGCCGAAUGCCCUGUACAGUCAGUAUACUGACUACAGGCUGGAACUCCUCGAGGAGCGCCUUAGAAUUAUGCUGAAGGAGGAACGACGCCGCCAGGCAGCAAAUCGCCCAUUUGAUAUCCCUAAGAUCAGGAGGUUUUUGGCUGAGCAGAAGGAUUUCUUGGAUUCGAUGCUCGAGGAGCUCAUUGAUGUGGAUGAUUAG